AUGCAGGUCCCAAAUCUGAUACCAGUUCUGAUAUUUAAAUUGGGAAGGCCUUUGAAGCCUGCGCUUUACAAGGAUAUAUUGUAUACAUUGCCUACACUGGGUGUACACAAGGUUUGUGUAGCUCAGAUUCUACGUGCCAUACAAAUGCUGGGGAGCACGCCAAAGCUUAGAGCAAUUACCUUGCGGCUGAUGACAUCCUUAUGGGAAAGACAGGAUCGAAUUUACCCACAAUUGCAGAAGUUCUUGGUGAUGUCUGAUACGCCUGCUUUGUCUGUUGACAAAGAUGCUCAAUGGGAAAAGCUGAUUGCUAAAGCUGCUUGUAUAAGAGAUAUAUGUAGAGAGAGACCGUACCAGCAUGGAGCAGACAUGUUGGCUGCAAUUUCCCAGGUAUUAAAUGAAUGCACAAAACCUGAUCAAGCUUCACCUGCUGCCAUAGUGUUACAGGGUCUUCAGGCACUUUGUGAGGCUGAGGUUGUUUGCAUCCGUUCUACAUGGAAUGCUCUGUCACCAAAGCUGGGUUGUGAUACAAGACCCCUCAUUUUAAAAGCACUGAAUGAGUUGUUUGCACUGGUUCCCUCAUUAACAGUGAAUACAAAUGAAUAUGAGAAAUUCAAAACUCAAGUUAUCAGCUUCCUUUGGAACAACACGCAAAACAAGGAUGCUGUUGUAGCCAUUUCCGCCUAUAAAUCACUCUCAUCAUUUGGCUCUGAAGAACAUACAAUUCUUCAUCUUCCUGAACAGGCACGACCAGAAGUUGACUCACUGGAGGAGGCAGACAUGAAUGAAGAUGAAGAAGAACAGAAGGAGGCGUGUCUUUUUGUUCCAGGUUCUUCAUAUAUCAAGCUGUUGUCUCUGACGCCAGCUUCUGUCUUAGGAGCAUUUGAAGAGUUUGCAGCAUCACUUGUGAAACAGGAGAUGACCAACAUGCCCCGUGGUGUGUAUCAUUCUGCCCUGAGAGGAGGGACCACACGCUCAGACCAGGGGAAGACUGUGGCAGGCGUUCCAAACUUCUUGCUGAAAAUGUAUGAGAGGAACAACCAACCAGGCAUGACACCAGGCCUUGCAGCUGGCAUGUUGUUCUGUUAUGACCUUCCAGUCCAUAUGGGCAAAGAUGGCAAGCCUAUUAAUCGAUUUCUGGCCAGCAGGGGACGCAAUUUCCAGCAAAUGUUGGUAGCCCUCAUUCAUGAGGUUAACAUUCAGCCUUCUGAAUGGCACCGUGCCAUACAGCUGCCACAGUCCUGGUUAGGAUUUAUGAGUCGAACCUACAGUGCAGUCCUUCAGGGGAGACAGGCAGAGCUGGAGAUGCAGUUAAAACAUGGAAAAGAGGAUCCUGAAGAGGUGCAGUACAAACAGUUUACAGCCUGGCUCUGGGUCAGAGAUAUGUUGACUGAUGUCAUCAAAGGUUCUUCCAAAGACAGCCCAGUGGUGAAAGGAAACUCUAUUUUUGCCAUAACUGGUCUUGCAGUUGCUGUAGCCAAAUAUGAAAGCAGCCUCUCCUCAGACACUGAAGGGAUGACUGAGACUGAAGCUGAUUUUCUUCCCACAAAACACUGGAUUACUAUGGUCAUGGAGACGCUCUUUAGUAUUGUGAAUAGCCGCUAUCGCCCCAAAGGUCAAGUCUUCCCAUGGUUCUACCAGAAAUCCUAUUCGGGUGAAAAUACUGCUAGUAUUAUAGCACGUUCCUGUGCAGCCACUGCUUUAUCUCUCCUGGUGCCAGUUUUUAUUGUAUCAUGCAAGGAGAAGAUUGAGGAGGUCUUGAAUAUGCUGACUGACAGGUUGCCUGGGAAAUCAAAUGCUGAUGAGUCUCAGGCUGUUCAAAUCCACAUGGGCCUUGGUUUGGGGAUGUUUAUCUCACGUUUGUAUGAAGAAAAAGUCAGUGAUGUAGCCGGUCAACAGAUGAACUUAGUUCUAAUGAAGUCCCUAGAUGUGCUAGAAGACUGCUGCUUUGACACCAGUCUGGAGUACAA